AUUGAAGAAUAUUGAUUAAGCCGGAAUAAGCGAUGGAAAAGCAAGUUGGUAGAAAGUAGAAAGGGUUGGCGUCUGCACUGCACCUAGCGAAGAAAAAUAUUAAAAUAAUAAUAAACGGUUGAAAGGAAAAGAAAAAAGAAGCAGUCACCUAAUACUUGUUAAGGUUAGAAGACGGCCCAAAGUGAUUCUCAUUUCUCGUUUGUGAGCAUCGGAAAGAACAAUGGCCAACACCAACUUAGAAGAUGUUCCUUCUCUCGAUCUCAUGACUGAACUCCUUCGUCGUUUCAAGUGUUCCUCCAAACCUGACAAGCGUCUUAUUCUCAUUGGCCCACCUGGAUCUGGAAAAGGUACCCAGUCCCCAAUCAUAAAGGAUGAGUACUGCUUAUGCCACUUGGCUACUGGUGAUAUGUUAAGAGCAGCUGUAGCAGCUAAGACUCCUCUUGGUGUCAAGGCUAAAGAAGCUAUGGAUAAGGGAGAACUUGUUUCUGAUGACUUGGUUGUUGGCAUUAUAGAUGAAGCAAUGAAAAAACCAUCCUGUCAGAAAGGUUUCAUUCUUGAUGGUUUUCCAAGAACUGUGGUCCAAGCACAGAAGCUUGAUGAGAUGCUGCAACAACAGGGAGUUAAAGUUGAUAAGGUGCUCAAUUUUGCAAUUGAUGAUUCAAUCCUUGAGGAACGAAUUACCGGUCGCUGGAUACACCCAUCCAGUGGCAGAACAUACCAUACAAAAUUUGCCCCUCCUAAGGCUCCUGGGGUUGAUGAUGUUACUGGCGAACCACUCAUUCAGCGCAAGGAUGACACUGCAGCUGUUCUUAAAUCGAGACUGGAGGCAUUUCACAAGCAAACCGAACCGGUAAUUGAUUACUAUUCGAAGAAGGGAAUUGUUGCUAAUCUUCAUGCUGAGAAACCUCCCAAAGAGGUGAAAGUUGAAGUGGAGAAGGCGCUGUCUUAAAUAGAGUUCACCUUGGAUCCUCGGGCUCGAACUGCAAUUGUUCUUUCGUUUUUCCCCUAUAGGAAGACUUACAUUGCUAAUUUGUAUUUUAAUAUACUCUGAAAUCCGCUAUCCUUUCAGCUUUACUGCAAAUGCCGGCUGUUCUCAAACCCAGAUUCUAAGAGCUACUUUGAUGAAUAAAAAGUCAAUUGAAUUUAAA